UGCGCGGAUGGUUGCUCGCUCGCUGUUAGGACUUUCGUUGUUAUCACGCAUACUCUGCAGCCCAUACACACUUGGGAGUUCGUUGGGGCAGCAAUAACAAACUGUCGGAAGUAUAUAUAGUAUACUAUACAUACAACAAAUGAUAGUGUGUGUACUUGGUAGUAUUUUUGCGUGUUAGGCGAAAAGUGAAAGUCAGUUUUACGCCCACAUUCACGUGAUACGAUUUAUAAUUCAAAAGGGCUGCUCACCCUGCUGUGUUUUUGUUGGUGCUUAAUUUAAAAUCAAUAAACGUUUAUCAAAAAGCAUACAAAAUAAACGAGGCGCAAACCAAAAUGGAUUUUACCAGAUUCAUGAACAAGUUCAAUGAAAUCGAGCGACAAUUGUCACCCACCUCGGCCUUACGUCUAAGCUUUGACAAUAUCUCGCCGGAGACUGAAGAGCCGCCCGAUGGCAAGCGUCUUUGGGGCAUGCCAGUGCCGCCGUUUGUCUCCGAUAAGGUCGUCUCCUGGAUCGAGGAGGAGUUCAACGAGGCGCCAGUCUACUACAAUGGCAAUAGUGUGCUCAAAAAGGUGGAAAAUGUGCGCAUGAUUGAUCGCUAUAAUACAAAAAAUCCAACCGUUGGCACUUUAUAUCUAACGGCCACGCAUCUGAUAUUUGUCGAGCCUGACAGUAACAAGGAGACCUGGAUACUGCACAUGCAUAUAGCCAGCAUUGAGAAAUUGCCACUGAGCACUACAGGCUCGCCGUUGUUAAUACGCUGCAAAACUUUUCUGUCGGUGACAUUUGUUAUACCAAAGGACUCGGAGUGCCACGAUGUGUACACUUCGCUAAUGAAACUAUUUCAACCAGUUUCCAUCAACAAGUUAUAUUGCUUUAACUAUCAGCCCGCUAAGGAUGAUUUUCCCAAGAACGCUGGCUGGGAUUUCUUUAAGCUGGAGUCAGAGUUUCGCCACAUGCUGGUGCCCAAUGACAACUGGACGCUGUGCUCAAUGAAUGAAAAAUAUGAGCUCUGCGAUACGUAUCCACGUCAGAUCUAUGUGCCCAAGGAGGCCACCACGCUGAUGCUUAUAAGCAGCUCACGUUUUCGCUCCAAGGGCCGCUUGCCUGCGCUAACCUAUUUGCACAACAAUAAGGCUUCUAUCUGCCGCUGCAGUCAGCCUUUGUCGGGCUUUAGUGCGCGCUGCUUGGAGGAUGAGCAAAUGCUGGAAGCCAUACGCAAAACGAAUCCCAAUACGGAUUAUAUGUACGUUGUGGACACCAGACCACGUAUCAAUGCCAUGGCGAAUCGUGCCGCUGGCAAAGGCUAUGAGAACGAGGCCUUUUAUGAGAACAUCAAAUUUCAUUUUCUUGGCAUUGAGAACAUUCACGUACAGCGCGCGAGCCUGCAAAAAGUGCUAGAGGCCUGCGAACAGAAAUCUCCCACCAUGAGCGCUUUUCUCAAUGCGCUUGAGUCGUCCGGCUGGCUCAAGCACAUACGCUCCAUAUUGGACACGUCCAGUUUCAUAGCCAAUGCUGUGGAUAAGGGCGUCUCUGUGGUGGUGCAUUGCUCCGAUGGCUGGGAUCGCACCGCUCAAGUUUGUUCGCUGUCGCAGCUGAUGCUGAAUCCUUAUUAUCGCACAAUCAAAGGCUUUCAGGCAUUGAUCGAGAAGGACUGGCUGGCCUUUGGGCACAAGUUCAGCGAGCGCUGCGGUCAUAUACAAACGGAACAGCGUGAGGUUUCGCCUAUAUUUACACAAUUCCUGGACUGCACCUGGCAGCUUAUGACACAGCGCAGCGAAUCCUUUGAGUUCAAUGAACGUUUCCUUUUAAUACUACACGAUCAUGUGCAUUCGUGUCAGUUUGGCACUUUUGUAGGCAACUGCGAGAAGGAUCGCUUGGAUCUGAAGCUGGCUGAGCGCACAUUCUCGCUUUGGGGCUAUAUGUCCAAUCAUUUGAACGAGUACAUAAACCCGCUAUACAAACCCAAUGUGGAUGAGUCCAUCAAGGCCAAUCUGGCGCCGCAGUGCAUCAAAUUCUGGCGCGGCAUGUACAGUCGCUUUGAGAGCGGCAUACAUCCACGUGAGCCCUUGGGCGAUCUGCUGCUGGACAGCAAGGAGCACUGCAAUUCGCUGGAGGAUCAUGUGCAGCAUUUGACAAAGCGCAUUGCCAGCUUUAAGAACUACAUUUCCAAGUCAGCCAAGAAGCUACAGGAUGCCACCAGCACCAAUAGCAGUAAACUAAGCAAAGAGUCCUCAGCGCAAGAAAUUAAUGAUAACAAAUAUAACUAUGACAAGAAAUUGAGCGAGCUGAGCGCUGCUGAUGAUGAUCAUCCCUUGAAAGCAGGCAAUAUGUCCUUUGCCAGCUUGUCGCUGAAUGCAGAACAAACAAAUCCACAAGCUCUAACUGAGGAAAUUAACUCUGUGGCUGUGGAUUGGAAGCCCAUGCGUAAUGUGACCAACUGCUCCUGCUCCACGCCCUUUGAUCAGUUUAGCAAAAAGACACACUGCUGGCGUUGUGGCGACAUCUUCUGCGAGCGUUGCAUUGACAAGAAUGUGGCAUUGCCUGGUCAUGACAGCGGCAAGGCGGUGCCUGUUUGCCGCGGCUGCUUUCGGCAAAUGCAAAAGCAAAGCCCGUAGAUUAAAGUUAUUGCAUAAAACUAUAUAGUUGUAAAAUUUGUUGAGUGUGUGCGUGUGAGUUUGCAGUUGUGCGUGUGGCAUGUGAGCAAGAGAUAUACAAAUUAAACAAAGCAUAUAUGCAUAUAAAUUAUAUAUAUAUUAUACGAUACAAUAUUGUUGCAUUUCCUUGUAGUUGUAGCUGCUUAAAAGCACACAAACAAUAUUUGAAUUUCCAUAUGCUAACUAAAUGUUUGGCUUCCAUAAAGAAAAUACUAGUGGCUAAGAUUAAUAAUGAUUUGGCAUCGAUCAUAUCGAGUUAUAUUUAUAUGCAUAAGUUGGGCACAAAAAAUAGAAUUUCAUAUCGAAUUGUUAUGCUUUUAAAAUUAUGACAAAGUCUUUGAUUUUGCUGCGACAUUCCAGUUUGAUAUUAAAUAAAAUUGCUUGGCAUUUGUUAACGCUUACACCAGAGACUUUAUAGUAUGCUAAUAUAUAAUUUUUAUAAUUUGCCCAGCGUACGGAAUUAAACUAAAACAGAAUCGUAUUAAAAAAAAAUUCUUU